AUGCUGGGUAUAUCAGCAUGGAUUGAGACUAACGCCUUAUUCUCAGAGUUGUGGGCUGUGGCUCCUGUAUUACCGGAGUCUUGGAAUUUAGCAUCGUAUUUGGUGGUAAUAAUCCAAUUGGGUAACGUAGCCCCUCUGGUCUACUCCUACCUCCCUAAACCACCAUUAUGGGUAGCAAUGCUCAUGGUACUCCUAUCCAGUGGAUUCUCAAUGUUCUUGGCUUGCGGUAUUUGGGAUAUCACAGCCGAAGUCUUUGGAGCUCAGCAUUCCGUUGGUCUACUCGUAUCGGCAUUCGUAGCGUCUAUGAGUGAUUGCCUUUCUAAUUUAGUAUUCUGGCCCUACGCCGGGUCCUUCAGUUCCCACCCAGGUUACGUUGCUGCCCUCGCCACUGGUGAGAGCCUCUCCAGUGCUGCUAGUGCUGCUGUUGUCGCCAUACAGAGCGCCUGUGGCUUUGGUCCAACCGUGUAUUUCGCCAUUAUUGGUAGUAUUGUUAUGUGCUGUAUCGCCUCCUUCUUCCUCCUCCAUUUCGGUUACAGUGGCAAGGCCUUGCACGAUUUCGUUCGUGAGGGUCCGACUUCUGGUAGCCCUACGGCCUCUGUAGCGUCCCACAAGGAGCACGGCCUAUUCUCACGAAAGAGCAAGCGGUUCCUCACUUCCUACAUCCUCAUCGCGUGGCUCUCCUUCGUACAGAAUGCUUUGACCCCCACGUUUCUCCCCUUUGCUGGUAGGGCCUACCCUGCUGGUUAUCGUCUGGCUCAGAAUGUCCUCUUCGCGUUCGCCCCUGUAGCCUCUAUGGGAGCUGCUUGGCUCCUAGGUGCGCACUAUCGUAAGAAUUGCCUCGUUACAAGUGCUGAAGUAGGAGCAGUAUUUAUGUGGAAUAUAGAAGUGUAG